GGAUACCGAUGACCCCCCCAGGAUUACCCAGAACCCUGUGAUCAACGGGAAUGUAGCCAUGAGCGAUGGCCACAACACCACCGAGGAGGACAUGGAGGACGACACCAGCUGGCGCUCGGAGGCCACUUUCCAGUUCACGGUGGAACGCUUCAGCCGACUUAGCGAGUCGGUCCUGAGCCCACCGUGCUUUGUGCGGAACCUGCCCUGGAAGAUCAUGGUGAUGCCGCGCUUCUACCCUGACCGGCCCCAUCAGAAGAGCGUCGGCUUCUUUCUACAGUGCAAUGCCGAGUCAGACUCCACGUCGUGGUCUUGCCAUGCACAAGCCGUGCUGAAGAUCAUAAACUACCGAGAUGAUGAGAAGUCCUUCAGCCGCCGCAUCAGCCACCUGUUCUUCCAUAAAGAAAACGACUGGGGAUUUUCCAACUUCAUGGCCUGGAGUGAAGUCACUGACCCCGAGAAAGGAUUUCUUGAUGACGACAAAGUCACCUUCGAGGUCUUCGUGCAGGCAGAUGCCCCCCACGGAGUUGCGUGGGACUCCAAGAAGCACACAGGCUAUGUUGGGCUAAAGAACCAGGGGGCUACUUGCUACAUGAACAGCCUGCUGCAGACUUUGUUUUUCACAAACCAACUACGAAAGGCAGUGUACAUGAUGCCGACCGAGGGUGACGAUUCUUCAAAAAGUGUCCCGUUGGCCUUGCAGAGAGUGUUCUAUGAACUUCAGCACAGUGACAAACCUGUGGGAACCAAAAAGCUCACCAAGUCCUUUGGGUGGGAGACACUGGACAGUUUCAUGCAGCAUGACGUGCAGGAGCUGUGCCGAGUGCUACUUGACAACGUGGAGAAUAAGAUGAAGGGCACGUGCGUGGAAGGCACCAUUCCCAAGUUAUUCAGAGGCAAAAUGGUGUCGUACAUCCAGUGUAAAGAAGUAGACUACCGAUCUGAUAGAAGAGAAGAUUAUUAUGACAUCCAGCUCAGUAUCAAAGGAAAGAAAAACAUCUUUGAAUCAUUUGUGGACUACGUGGCAGUGGAACAGCUCGACGGUGACAAUAAAUACGACGCCGGGGAGCAUGGCUUACAGGAAGCUGAGAAAGGUGUGAAAUUCCUAACCCUGCCACCAGUGUUACAUCUGCAGCUGAUGAGGUUUAUGUACGACCCUCAGACGGACCAGAACAUCAAGAUCAACGACAGGUUUGAGUUCCCUGAACAGUUACCGCUGGAUGAAUUUUUGCAAAAAAACGACCCCAAGGACCCUGCCAACUACGUGCUACAUGCAGUUCUGGUUCACAGCGGCGACAACCAUGGCGGGCACUACGUGGUUUAUCUCAACCCCAAAGGGGACGGCAAAUGGUGCAAGUUCGACGACGACGUGGUGUCUCGGUGCACAAAGGAGGAGGCCAUCGAGCACAACUACGGGGGCCAUGACGACGACCUGUCUGUGCGGCACUGCACUAACGCCUACAUGUUAGUUUAUAUCAGGGAGUCCAAGCUGAGUGAAGUCCUGCAGGCGGUCACCGACCACGACAUCCCGCAGCAGCUGGUGGAGCGGUUGCAGGAGGAGAAGAGGAUCGAGGCACAGAAGCGGAAGGAGCGGCAAGAAGCCCAUUUGUACAUGCAAGUGCAGAUAGUCGCCGAGGACCAGUUUUGUGGCCACCAGGGAAACGACAUGUAUGACGAGGAGAAGGUCAAGUACACUGUGUUCAAAGUGCUGAAAAACUCCUCGCUCUCCGAGUUCGUGCAGAACCUCUCCCAGACCAUGGGGUAUCCACAGGAUCAAAUCCGAUUAUGGCCCAUGCAAGCAAGGAGUAAUGGGACGAAGCGGCCGGCCAUGUUGGACAACGAAGCCGACGGGAACAAGACGAUGAUCGAGCUCAGCGACAAUGAGAACCCAUGGACGAUAUUCCUGGAGACAGUGGACCCUGAGCUGGCGGCCAGCGGGGCGACCCUGCCCAAGUUUGAUAAAGACCAUGAUGUGAUGUUGUUUCUGAAGAUGUACGACCCCAAAACACGGAGCUUGAACUACUGUGGACACAUCUACACCCCAAUAUCCUGCAAGAUCCGUGACUUGCUCCCUGUGAUGUGCGACAGAGCGGGGUUCAUCCAGGAUACUAGUCUUAUCCUCUAUGAGGAAGUUAAACCGAAUUUAACAGAGAGAAUUCAGGACUAUGACGUGUCCCUUGAUAAAGCCCUUGAUGAGCUGAUGGAUGGUGACAUCAUCGUGUUCCAGAAGGAUGACCCUGAGAACGACAACAGUGAGCUGCCCACAGCCAAGGAGUAUUUCCGAGACCUCUACCACCGCGUCGAUGUCAUCUUCUGUGACAAGACGAUCCCCAACGACCCGGGCUUCGUCGUCACCUUGUCCAAUAGGAUGAACUAUUUUCAGGUGGCAAAGACUGUCGCACAGAGGCUGAACACAGACCCCAUGUUGCUUCAGUUUUUCAAGUCUCAAGGUUACAGAGAUGGCCCCGGCAACCCUCUUAGACACAAUUAUGAAGGUACUCUAAGGGAUCUUCUACAGUUCUUCAAGCCUAGACAACCUAAGAAACUUUACUAUCAGCAGUUGAAAAUGAAAAUCACAGACUUUGAAAACAGAAGAAGCUUCAAGUGUAUAUGGCUGAACAGCCAGUUUAGGGAGGAGGAAAUAACACUAUACCCAGACAAGCACGGCUGCGUCCGGGACCUGCUAGAAGAAUGUAAAAAGUCCGUUGAGCUCGGGGACAAAGCAUCAGGGAAACUCAGGCUGCUAGAGAUUGUAAGCUACAAAAUCAUCGGUGUGCAUCAAGAAGAUGAACUAUUAGAGUGUUUGUCCCCUGCAACGAGUCGGACGUUCCGGAUAGAGGAAAUACCUCUGGACCAGGUGGAUGUGGACAAGGAGAAUGAGAUGCUGAUCACCGUGGCACACUUCCACAAGGAGGUGUUCGGAACGUUCGGGAUCCCGUUCUUGCUCAGGAUACACCAGGGGGAGCAUUUCCGAGAGGUGAUGAAGCGGAUCCAGAGCCUGCUGGACAUCCAGGAGAAGGAGUUCGAAAAGUUUAAAUUUGCAAUUGUAAUGAUGGGCCGACACCAGUACAUAAAUGAAGAUGAGUAUGAAGUAAACUUGAAGGACUUUGAGCCUCAGCCUGGUAACAUGUCUCACCCCCGGCCGUGGCUCGGGCUGGACCACUUCAACAAAGCCCCCAAGAGGAGUCGCUACACCUAUCUUGAAAAGGCCAUUAAAAUCCAUAACUGACUUCCUGACCUGGUGUGCUCGAGGCCAGGGGCCGGGCGUGGGGGCGCUCCUUUUUAACGUCUGUAGAACUUGGGCCACCCAAGCGCUCUGCCCGAAGUCUUCAGCAAGAGGAUUUGCUGCUGGUGUUAAUUUUAUUUUGUUGAGGCUGUUCAGUUUGGCUUCUUCUCUGUAUCUAUUGACUGCCCUUUUUGAGCAAAAUGAAGGUGUUUUUAUAAAGCUUGGAUGCCCAUGAGAGUUAUUUUAUGGUAACCAGAGUGAGGCGGCUGGCGAGGCGGCAGGGCGGGGCUGCGAGCCAGAGGGCUGGCUGCUGCCUUGCGUGGGUCCCCUCCUCCACCUCUGCAAUGAGGCCGUCCACUGAGGGGCCUGUGGGCUCCAGGUCCUGCAGUGCACUUCCAGUGACCUCGUGUGCAUCUGUAAAGGCAACACCAGAAUCCACAACCUACUUAGUGGCCAUUCCUCCUCCCUUCCCAUGUGCACUGUUGGCCCUUCCUCGGGGCUCCCUCGUGGCGGCGUCUCGUCUGGGGCAGCCCGGGCCACAGCUCCCUACCCAUCUUGAGGAGUGGACACAGAAGUCAUGCUUGGCAGACAGGUUGGGAGUCUCCCUCUCCCCUGAAAUCCCAUCAAAAACCUUGUUCUGUAAAGUUCAGGUUGACUCCCCGCGGCUGCCUUGGGCAAAGGUCUCAGAGAGCAGGUGAAGGGCUAUCACAGUGGUGGCAGGGGCAUGCUCACUAGUGGUUAGUAAGCUGUUGACUUUGUUUUUAAAAAGUUAAAAAGUGACAAUAAAAAGGAGGGUGAGAAGGUGGAUUAACAUUGUAUAUUUAAUGAGUAGACCUGUACAAGCGACUGCUUGGAAGGGUUGCUUUUUGUCGGCUGAGUCUGCUGGCGGCACCCCCUGGGAGGAGAACUCACUGGGGUCUCUCCACCCAGCCUGCUUUCUCCCUCUGGGGGGGAAGGGAGAGGGAGUCAGCCCCGCCGGGAGUUUCAAGCCGAGUGCAGUAAAGUAGAAUACGCAAAUCACACCGGCGCGUGCGCGCCCCCCCCCCCCCAAUUCUCCUUUCCCUCCAUCCUUUCCCAGAGUUUUUUUUUUCUUUUUUUCCAUAGCUGCAGUGUACACCAACUCUCCUGUAUAUUGCCUUUUGCUGGAACAUGUUGUAUGUUGAAUAAAGUUUUCUAUAAAAAUGAUAA